AUGGCUGUGAAAUUGAGCCCUCUACACACGGAACGCGUAAAGUUAAAGGUGUGUCAAAACGUGAGCAAAGUGGGGUCGGUAUCGCCGGUAGGUGUGGGCGUCAACUCAGCGAAUACCGAGAGGAGGCGCGUGCCUCGAUGGCUCGUGUUUCGCUCUUGCGUGCCUCCAAGACAUAUCGGCAACCCGACCGGCGACAGUGAGGGGGCGGCACACGCCGGCGACCAGGAGUAG